AUGAACAAACCCCCUCCUCCGUCUAUCCAGCUGAAUUCAGACCUCCUGCCGAAUCAAACUGAGACGGUCCUGACUCCCGGCUCUGCCUUCACCCUCAGUUGCCAUGGUAACGGUUCAGUCCACUGGUCGGUCACUGCGUUCCGCUUCCUGUACAACAAUGAGCUGCCCAACCCUCUGGAGGUCAGAAGCUCGGAGCCCAGACACACUGGGACGUACCGCUGUGGGUACACCAACCGCAGCCUGGAGCACCUGGACACCUGGGUCCACCUGUACGUCACAGACCACUCCACCAUGUUCGUGACGCCCAAGAGUCAACCCCCCACCUUCAAAGAGGGGGAAGACUUCCUGUUCAUGUGUCUAGUGACCGACCCGUCCGUCACUAACCUGAACCUCCAAUUAAAGGGCAGCGACGGGGGGGUCCUGCCCACCGGUAUGAACGUGACCUUUGACCCCCACCGAGGAGCGCUGAUCCACCGGCUGCAGACAACGUUUAAAGGGCAGUACGCCUGCUGUGGGAUGAAGGACGGGAGACAGGUGGAGUCCGAAGCUGUACACCUGCUGGUGCUGCCCAGGCUUCCUGCUCCCUUGGUGUCAGUCAGCCAACAGGAAGUGGUUCUUCUGGCAGGUGAACGGUUUGAGGUCACCUGUCUGGCCAGUAACCCCACCCACUCCUACAGCGUCGACUGGACAAGCCCCGAUAAACAGGUGAGCAUCACCUCCAGCAGUCACUAUGUCAACAACCAUGUGUACAUCAACAAAACGCUGACUGUAGCCUCCGUCAGUCUGACUCACAGCGGAGCCUACACCUGUACCGCUGACAACAAGGAGGCAGUCGGCACGGCAACCACACACCUCCGAGUUCUGGAUCGUCCGUACCUGAAGAUCUACCUGAAGCAACAUGCUAACGCUAACACCAGGGAGGCCUCGGUUGUUAACGUUAGCAGCAUGUCGAUGGAAGGGGAGCGUGUUGUUAACGUUAGCAGCAUGUCGAUGGAAGGGGAACGUGAUGCUAACGUAAGCAGCAUGUCGAUGGAAGGGGAGCUUGAUGCUAACGUAAGCAGCAUGUCGAUGGAAGGAGAGCUGGUUGCUAACGUUAGCACGAACACAAAUACUAACAUCAGCAGCAGCAGCAAGACGGAGGUUAACGAAGCCCAAGACGUGAUGCUAACGUUUGUGAUGGAGGCAUAUCCUCCAAUCAGAAACCAGCGCUGGGUGACACCAACACACGUCAACAACACGGUUUAUCAGGAGAGCUACACCGCUAACGGCUACAGGUCGGAGGCCAUGCUGCUGCUGCGGCGGGUCCGUCAGGUAGACAGAGGUCGGUACUCGUUCCACUUCUCCAACUCGUUCUUCAGCGGCUCCAUGAACAUCGACCUCCGAAUCUACCGUUCUCCGAGUGUUCUCAUCAGUCUGGAGAACGGCAGUCUGACCUGCAGCAGCUCGGGUUACCCCCCCCCCUCCGUCCUCUGGCUCACCUGCCCCGGCCUCAGAGACACGUGUGGAAACGUGUCCACCUAUCAGGUCUCCCCUACUGAUGUGACAUCACAGGAGGAGGAGGAGGAGGAGGGGGAGGUGGUGAGGAAGCACCUGCCUCUCCCUCUGUCACCUGGUGAUGAUGUCACAGUGGAGUGUGUCGCUGAUAACUUCGUGGGACAUUCACGUAAAGUCUUCAAUCUUCCCUCUACAGGGGAACCGCCCACGCUCCUCACGCCCGCUCUGAUUGGUGCUCUGGCUGCUGCCGCCUUCCUGUUCCUGCUCCUAUUGGUCGUCUCCUACAAGUGGAGACAGAAACCUAAAUAUGAGAUCCGCUGGAAGAUCAUCGAGAGCAGCGACGGGAACAGCUACACCUUUGUUGACCCCACCCAGCUGCCGUACAACUAUAAGUGGGAGUUCCCCCGCGACCAUCUCCGCCUCGGAGCUGUUUUGGGUUCGGGGGCGUUCGGGAAGGUGGUCGAGGCGACGGCGUACGGGCUGGGAACCGACGACAACGUCACCAGAGUCGCCGUGAAGAUGCUGAAACCGAGCGCUCACUCGGAGGAGAGGGAAGCUCUGAUGUCAGAGCUGAAGAUCCUCAGCCAUCUUGGUUACCAUGAAAACAUCGUCAACCUGCUGGGCGCCUGCACCCGAGGAGGUCCCAUGCUGAUGAUCACUGAGUACUGUAGCCAUGGCGACCUGCUCAACUUCCUGCGGGGACACGCUCACGACUUCAUGGCAUCCAUUCUGAGUGUGGAUGAAGUGGAGGGAGAAGCUUUCUAUAAGAACAUGACCUCCCAGCACGCCCGGCUCAGGAGUGACAGUGGGAUCUCCUGCUGUUCAGAGUAUCAGGAGAUGCAACCGAUACUGAGUCCAGGACAAGAACACCUGGGUGUGCAGAAGGACAGUCUGUCUGUCGGUGCCCUCAUGAGGUUUUCCUACCAGGUGGCUCAGGGUCUGGACUUCCUGUCCACACGAAAUUGUAUCCAUAGAGACGUGGCAGCGAGGAACGUGCUGCUGACUGAUCGUCGUGUUGCAAAGAUCUGUGACUUCGGUUUAGCGAGAGACAUCUGCAACGACGACAACUACAUCGUCCAGGGCAACGCGCGGCUCCCAGUGAAGUGGAUGGCUCCUGAGAGCAUCUUCCAGUGUGUGUACACCGUGCAGAGCGACGUCUGGUCCUACGGAGUCUUACUGUGGGAGAUCUUCUCUCUGGGUAAGAGUCCCUACCCAAACGUUGCCGUGGAUACCAACUUCUACAAGAUGAUCAAAGAUGGCCGCCACAUGGCUCAGCCAGACUUCGCUCCGGCAGAGAUGUAUCAGCUGAUGACGCUCUGCUGGAGUUUUGAGCCGACCGACAGACCCACCUUCAAGAUGAUUGGUCAGCUGAUCGACAGGCUCCUCCCAGCAUCCAAUGAAACGUCACCACAUCACAGCGAGCAGCUGACCUACAGGAACAUCGACGAGUGCAGAGAAGAAGAAGAGGAAGAGGAAGAGGAGGAGGCGACGAUGAAGAACAUCUACCAGCUGUCAUGAAGCUCUCGUCCAAUCAGAGCGCUCGUUGGAUCGACAUUUCUCAGUUUUUUAUACCGGAUCAAAUGAUUGGUCGUCAGGACUGAUGACAUCACAGCGACGUCGCUAACUCAUCAUAUUUCUGACAUUUUAUAUUUUUAAUAAAAAUAUUUUUAUCAAACCAAACAAACAUUUAAAUAUUGAAGCGA